GGGGUCUUGAGACAAUGGGAAGAUCCUGCACAUUUCUUUUAAGUGCUGCUAGACCUAAUCAACUAUAGCCCGGCCUUGACCAUGAGCCCAGCCCGAAAAAACCCAUUUCAGCCCGCACCAAAUUUAUGGGUUUGGGCAUGAUUUUUUAUGUUAAAGCCCUGCCCAGCCUGAAUUUUGAUCACCUCUAAGCACGGUUCUUCGUCCCUCUUUCUACUCCGUUUGAUAAGCAUAUUGUUCUUUUUUGUUUACUGUUUCCUCGUUGUGGAUAUAUAGUUAUCCUCCUUUGCAUCCGGGAUUAGUAGUCACUAGUCACAUCCAACUCAAGGAUGUCCGUAAAAAGCUUACUUUUCCUAAUAUAACAAUUGUUUAUGAUUAUGUUUUUUAAUAUGCCACUACUUAGAUUAAGUGAUGGGUAGUAGAUAGAAAUGUCAUGACUAUAGUGAAGGGUAUUUAUGUAAAAUUUCAUGUUAAUUAUGUGAAAAUGGGAAUAUUUACAUUCAAUGCGGGAUAUCGAAAUCUGGUAGAUGUAUACUUCUACAAAAGACAGGAGGUAUAAUUUCUAAAUAAAGACCCUCUCUUAGUCUCUUUUGCUUUUUUAAGGGUAGGUAUUGAACUUCUGCCUUGUGUAGACCUGGUCAACUAUAGCCCGGCCUGAUAGCCCGACCCGAAAAGUUACGGGGUUGGGCACCCUAAAUUUACAUUUUUAUCAAAAUCCGAGCCCGGCCUGUAAAACAUGCACCAAAUUUAUUGGUUUGGACAUGUUUUGUGUGUCAAAGCCCGACCCGGCCCGAAUUUUGAUCACCUCUAGCCUUGUUAUACAUAAAAGCACCUUCUUUAAUCUGUAUCGCCGUAUCAGUAUGGUUUCCUAGAGGUCAAAACUGCAUCCUCAAGAAUCUUAUCAUUUAAGUUAGCAAAUGUCUUUGGCUUGUAAGAGAUAGUUGUUGUUUGGAAUUAUGCACCCUUUUCGAUUAUGACUUGGGUGUAGAUAAGUUAUUUGUGUUAGUGACACUUUGACAGGGAUUGGGAGUUUGUUACAGAGUACUCUGUAGUAUGUAAAACUUUCGGCUCUUUUGAGCAUGACUUAUUAUGGAUAAGUAAAGUACUAGUUUGUGGUCAGAACUUUCUUGAUUAUGAUAUGAUUUAGGGUUGUUGGUAGAUAGACAGCCGGUCCAAUGGCUAAAUUAUCAUUUAUUAGAGAAAGUUGAGGUCAUUUUCGAUGCUUUUAGCCGUAUUAGGUGGGAAUGUUCAUUAGGUGGGAAUGUUCAUUAGCUGAAAUAAAGUUCACUAAUCACUAUCGACAUAAUCGAGUUCUCAUUUUCGAUGUAUGCAUAUAUCUGAGGACUCAGGUAUCCUGUUCAGGCUUUAUUGAGCAGAGAGAACUCGUUUGUGUCGAUAGUGAUUAGUGAACUUUAUGCAGAAACUCAAUGUUUGAGGCAAAAUAAACUCGUGUUUAGAGCAUGAUCAGCCCCAAGUCUUAAGACAUGAAUUGUGCUGACAUGGCAUAUAAUUCACCAGUCUUAAGAUCAGACAUAUAGAAAUUGUAGCAUUGAAGUAGACAAGUCUUAUCAAAGUCUUAAAGUGAGUCUUGAAAAAUUAAGGCUCAACUUAAGACUUGGUAUGUGAGUUAAAUUAAAUAAUAAAAUGAUAAUUUACAUAAAUUUACAAGUCUUAAAUGAUUUAAUGGCCUGAAGAACUAAAUUUGAUUGGAUCUUAAAGAAUCUUAACAAUAAUUUAAUUAUUUAAUAUUAAUGAAAUGCUGACAUGGCAAAUGAAGAAAAUCUUAAGACAAGACCAGUGACCCCCUUGAUCUUGCUCUUAGUUCGGAAAACCCCAAAAACGCCCCUGCCUGUCGUUAACGAGUCAAAAUGAGUAAAUGACUGAUGCAGCAUGUUGCCUUCAGAACUGAGCUGGUUUAUGGAAGUUAAGCCUAAUGUUUGAGCCUGCAAAAGUUCAGAUCUUAUGAUCUGCUACUGUUAUGAUCUGUUCAAACAUACAAAUCUGAAAACUGAUUUAUAAAAAAGAACCAUUCUUCAUUCUUUUGACUUAGUUGAAGAUAAAUGAUUUAGUUCAACUGAUAUCUAAUUUCAAAUGUUGACGCUUAUUUGUUUGAUUUGUACGGCUAUAAUCUAAACACUUAAUUCAUCUUUUAACCAAGGGUUCUUUUCAUAAUCUCUCAUACAGCAAUGCAGAUCUUCUAUGGUUCUUCUCAUUGUAACUUUCAUGAAUCACUAAUUGAUUUAUUUCACACUAAGACUCGCCGGUAGACCUGUCAAACGGAUCAGGCCGAGUCUAGUUGCAAACUUGCAAUAAAUCACUUUUGUGUUCGGGUUGCUCAUUUUCGGGUUUGGGUUGACAAUUGUUUGUACAUGACCUAGAACCUUCGGGUUAUUUGGAUUCAAUAAAAUCCAAUUGUGGGUUCGGUCGGUUUUGACCCAUUAUGUUUCGGAUUUAGAUACAGUCGGUUUGGGGUCGUAUAAUUUUGUUCAAGAUCCAGUUUUUCGGGUCGUGUAACGGGUUUCGGGUUUCGGGUCAGGUCGAUUUUUUAUAAGUCUACCCCUGAACAUUAGUAUUAGUUUAUUUACUUUCGACCAAAUUUAGUUAUCAUAUUACUACGAGCUGAGAGUUCACAUCACAACAACAUGACGGUUAAUUCCGAAUGGAGUACGUAUGCUGUGUUCGCGAUUUUGUGAUGGAUUCAUUCCAUACUUCUGUGUCUGAAAUAUACACCAAAUUUUUGUCAGACCCAAAUCUAACAAAUUUACAGUCUGAAACAAAUCUAGGCUGGUAAAUUUACCAAUCUGCACCAGAUCUUUAGUUUGAACCAAAUGUAAAUUUCGUUUUCGAUUGGAUAGCAGAUCUCCUAACAGCAAGCACAAAUCUAGCUUGCUGUAUAUAUAGAAGCUUAAGCAUGAAAUGUAAGUUAAGUUGCAAAUAACUCCCAUUAAUAUUUAGCCUAUGUUUGGCAAUAAUAGUUGAAACUGACAAGGUAGCUGAAAUUAGUAAGAUAGUGUAACAAUGGCGGCAAUGAUGAAGGUUGCAAGGGUGGCGAAGGAAUACAUAAAACCCUCCUCGGCCACCCCUUCUCAUCUCAGAAACUUCAAAUUUUCCCUCUUAGAUCAACUCGCUCCUUCGUUGUACGCCCCAAUGGUGUUCUUCUACCCUAUGAAGAACACUCGAAACCUAAAACACGAGCCAACUUCUCGAGUAAAACACCUGAAACAAACCCUCUCCCCCUUCCUCAGUCGAUUCUACCCCUUCGCGGGUAGAAUUAAAGAUCACGUCUCUAUCGACUGCAACGAUGUCGGGGUCGAGUUUUUGGAAGCCGAGGUUAACACUUGUUUAGGGGACUUCUUAAAACAACCUAACGCGGAUGCUAUGAAACACUUCCUCCCUGUUGAUAUUGAGUCAGAGUGCACGAAAAUGGGAACGGGUGGUGAUUUGGUUCAUGUUCAAACUAACACGUUUGAGUGUGGAGGAAUCGCGGUUGGGAUUUGUUGGUCGCAUAAGAUUACUGAUGGUGGGACGGUUUCUGCGUUCAUGCGUGGGUGGUCGUCUAUGGCGUCUAGUAGGUCGGGUAAUGAGGUGAUUCCGGAGUAUGGGGCGUCGUCUUUGUUCCCUCCGACUGAGUCCUAUAUCCCGGGGUGUGCGUUGAAGCUAGAGACGGAUAAGACAACCACGAGGAGGUUUGUGUUCGAUGGGUCUCAGAUUGAGAAGCUUAAGGCUAGGUGUGUGAGUGAGGAUGUGGCGAAGCCUACUCGUGUUGAGGCUGUCUCGUCUCUUCUUUGGAAAUGUGCAACUAAGGCAUCAAGAGCAAACUCAGGGUCUCAAACACGAUCAGUAAUGUCCCAAUCUAUGAACAUCCGUAGAAGAACCUCACCACCCUUACCAGACACCACCAUUGGCAACCUUGUUGGCUACUACAUAGCAAAAAUGGAACAAAACACUGACCACAAAACACACUUAUUACAAGACUUAGUAGCCAAACAAAGGCAAGGGAAAACCGCGGCCAUAACCAACUACGCGAAGAAGCUCCAAGGAAACGACAAUGCACACGUAGUAAUCCGCGAGCUAUUCAAAGAAGCAGGAACCCUUCUAAGGAGGGAUGAUGUUGAUUUCUUCAAGUGUUUAAGCACUUGUAGAGAUGGGUUAUACGAAGCCGAUUUCGGGUGGGGGAAGCCAUUAUGGUUAAGCUUGGUUUGUUUAGGGUAUAAGAACACUUUUGCCCUAAGUGAGACUAAAGAAGGGGGUGGAAUUGAAGCUUGGGUGACCUUAAAAGAUGAUGAUAUGGAAUUAUUUGAAAGUGAUUUAGACCUUCUUGCUUUUGGUUCACCAAACCCUAGUGUCUUGAUUGUGGAUGAGGAAUCUCAAUUGUUGGAACAAGUUGGGAGAAGAUUGAUUUUUGAUGAUCCAAGCUACAACCAAACAUUGCUAACAUGGUGAUGUUAAACUAAUAGUAUACUAAGUAUCUUUGUAUUCAGCGGCGGAAUCAGAAAAUUUUAAUUCAUAUUUUUUUAAGGGGUGGUGGGGCAAUUAAGUAGAAACAUUACCUAGUAAUUGUUUGUUUUUUCGAUAUGUUACAUUUUUUUUAUAAUGUAAAUCAAAGUAUGUAUUGCAUGAAUAUUAUUUAUGCACAAAUCAAUCAAUACGAAUUA